AUGGGGGACUAUCCUGAAGAAUCCCAAGAGCCGCUGCUGCAAAGUAGCGAGGAAUUCAAGGAGACAAUUGUGGUAGAAAGCCCUCGCCGGAAUGUCAGCCAAUUCAUCCGUGAAGACGCUCUUCUCAUAGCGAUCCUCCUGUCUUUGCUCUAUUUGGUAGUGGCUUUGACCUUCGAUGUCGCAUACUCGGCCCAAUGCCCACACAAUAAGGCCAUGGACCAUCACUUCACACUGCCUGGCGACUUCCUGCAAUUUGAGGAACGACGGGAGUGGUAUCCGCCCCAAGAUCCCUGGAACCAGGAACCCUCUGAAGAAGUCGACGCUGCAUGGUCUGAGUUGCUCUACGCCCUCAACGUCCGCGUGAGCAAAGAGGAACUAGCAAGUCUGGGUAACAAUACGAUGAACAGAGUACAGGUCAACGGCGGUGACUACCUUGGUGCCGUUGGCGUGUUUCACUAUCUGCAUUGCCUCAACAAUCUACGAAAACUAGUACACAGGGACUACUAUGAGACACGCUUCCCAGGAUUCGGCGACCAAGCAGCUUUUGGAACAGGCCAUGCUGACCACUGUAUUGAUGUCAUCCGCCAGGCGGUCAUGUGCCAUGCCAAUACAGGGAUGCACACAGCAGAAUGGGUAGACGAGGACAACGAACUUGGCGGGAAAGAGCUCAGGCCGGGCCUCGCUCGCCCCCUUUGGUACUGGGCAUGUACAUAG